GUGGGGGGACCGAGGAUAGGAUGGCUCGGGGCGGGGCAGGGGCAGAGGAGGCCUCCCUGCGCUCGAACGCAUUGUCCUGGCUGGCCUGUGGACUCCUGGCACUGCUGGCCAACGCCUGGAUCAUCCUCAGCAUCUCGGCCAAGCAGCAAAAGCACAAGCCGCUGGAGUUACUGCUCUGCUUCCUGGCGGGCACACACAUACUCAUGGCGGCUGUGCCCCUCACCACCUUCGCCGUGGUGCAGCUACGGCGGCAGGCUUCUUCUGACUAUGACUGGAACGAGAGCAUCUGCAAGGUCUUUGUGUCCACCUACUACACACUGGCCCUGGCCACCUGCUUCACAGUCGCCUCGCUCUCCUACCAUCGCAUGUGGAUGGUGCGCUGGCCCGUCAACUACCGCCUCAGCAACGCCAAGAAGCAGGCGCUGCAUGCUGUCAUGGGCAUCUGGAUGGUCAGCUUCAUCCUCUCCACGCUGCCCUCCAUCGGCUGGCACAACAAUGGCGAGCGGUACUACGCCCGUGGCUGCCAGUUCAUAGUCUCCAAGAUUGGCCUGGGCUUUGGCGUCUGCUUCAGCCUCUUGCUCCUUGGGGGCAUUGUCAUGGGGCUGGUCUGUGUGGCCAUCACCUUCUACCAGACGUUGUGGGCCCGGCCCCGGAGGGCUCGGCUGGCCCGGAGAGCGGGGGUUGGGGGUGGGGCCAAGGGGGGUGGGCCAGGGGGUUUGGGUACCCGGCCAGCUUUUGAGGUGCCAGCCAUUGUGGUGGAGGAUGCCAGAGGCAAGCGGCGGUCCUCGCUGGACGGCUCUGAGUCGGCCAAGACAUCCCUGCAGGUCACCAACUUGGUCAGCGCCAUCGUCUUUCUCUAUGACUCACUCACAGGGGUGCCCAUCUUGGUGGUGAGCUUCUUCUCCCUUAAGUCGGACUCGGCUCCGCCGUGGAUGGUGCUGGCUGUGCUGUGGUGCUCCAUGGCGCAGACGCUGCUGCUGCCCUCCUUCAUCUGGUCCUGCGAGCGCUACCGUGCCGACGUGCGCACUGUGUGGGAGCAGUGCGUGGCCAUCAUGUCGGAGGAGGAUGGCGACGACGAUGGCGGCUGUGAUGACUAUGCAGAUGGCCGAGUGUGCAAAGUUCGUUUUGAUGCUAAUGGUGCCACAGGACCAGGGGGCAGGGACCCCACCCAGGUGAAGCUGUUGCCUGGAAGGCACAUGCUGUUUCCCCCUCUUGAGAGGGUCCACUACUUACAGGUACCCCUGUCCCGCCGUCUGUCCCAUGAUGAGACCAACAUCUUCUCUACACCUCGGGAACCAGGCUCCAUCCUACAUAAGUGGUCAUCCUCUGAUGACAUCCGGGUCCUCCCAGCCCAGAGCCGAGCCCUGGGGGGCCCUCCUGAGUACCUGGGACGAAGACAAAGGCUGGAGGAUGAGGAGGAUGAGGAGGAAGCUGAAGGUGGGGGGCUGGCCAGCCUUCGCCAGUUCCUGGAGGGUGGGAUGUUGGGGUCAGGUGGGGGACCCCCACGGGGUCCUGGCUUCUUCCGGGAAGAGAUCACCACCUUCAUUGAUGAGACACCUCUGCCUUCUCCAACUGCUUCGCCGGGGCCCUCUCCUCGCCGGCCCAGGCCCCUGGGCCUCUCACCCCGCAGGCUUUCCCUUGGGUCCCCUGACAGCAGAGCCGCUGGACUUCCUUUGGGCUUAAGUGCAGGGAGACGCUGCUCCCUGACAGGAGGUGAGGGGAGUGCAAGACCUUGGGGAGGAUCCUGGGGCCCAGGUAAUCCCAUUUUCCCCCAGCUGACGCUGUGAGCCCAAGUGGGCCUGCAGGACUCAGAUGAGGGGCCCUGAGUAUCACCUGUUCUGGCCCUAAGCCUAGGGCAGCUGCCUCCAGACUCCGGGGAGAUGGGCGCUGGAUCUGGGGCCCGGAGCCCCCGCUGUCUCCUAUCUCGAUGACCAGAGAUGUCCUAUUCACCUUCCAUCAUCCUUAGCAAAUUGUAUUAAAGCCUGAAGUGUUGCCAUGGAAA